GCUGCGUGAAACGUAGACUUGGGAGCGGGCGGGAGAGGAGCGGGGAGCACGGCUGCACGGCCCUGGCCGGCCCUGCAAGGCGGCGAUCGCAGGGGGAGGAGGAGCAGCAGCGCUGCAGAGGCGGAGGGAUCUGCGCACCAAAGCCAUCCAGGCCAGCAAAGUUUGGCUGGGGGUUGGACUUUCCUUCUCGGAGGCGGCACCCAAACAGCUACCCCGUGCGGAAACCCAAACUUUCUACUGCCACUCGGAGUCUCGCGGCCGCCGCCUCCGCCCCGCGCGUCCCGGGCCUGCCCGUCAGUCCGUCGGUCCGCGUGGAGCCGCUCGGGCGCCGCCGUGCUCCGGAUCCCCGCAGCUGCAGUGCCACUGUCCUGGCCGGGACGCCUGGGCAAGUUCUCCAGAGUUAAAAGCGAAGUUCGGGCGCGGCGCAGGCCGAGCUGCCUCUGUGCGCCCCCGGCGUCCCCAGUGCGUCCAGCCCCGCCGGGGGCGCCGGUGACCCUCCCGUGCCAGCCAUGUCGUCCAUCCUGCCCUUCACCCCCCCGAUCGUGAAGCGCCUGCUGGGCUGGAAGAAGGGCGAGCAGAACGGGCAGGAGGAGAAGUGGUGCGAGAAGGCGGUCAAGAGCUUGGUGAAGAAGCUCAAGAAGACGGGGCAGUUGGACGAGCUGGAGAAGGCCAUCACCACGCAGAACGUGAACACCAAGUGCAUUACCAUCCCCAGGUCACUGGAUGGCCGGCUGCAGGUAUCCCAUCGGAAGGGGCUCCCCCAUGUCAUCUACUGCCGCUUGUGGCGGUGGCCCGACCUGCACAGCCACCAUGAGUUACGGGCCAUGGAGCUCUGUGAGUUCGCCUUCAACAUGAAGAAGGAUGAAGUGUGUGUAAAUCCUUACCACUAUCAGAGAGUAGAGACACCAGUGCUACCUCCAGUGUUGGUGCCACGCCACACCGAGAUCCCGGCCGAGUUCCCCCCUCUGGAUGACUACAGCCAUUCCAUCCCCGAGAACACUAACUUCCCCGCUGGCAUUGAACCCCAGAGCAAUAUUCCAGAAACCCCACCUCCUGGCUACCUGAGUGAAGAUGGAGAGACUAGCGACCACCAGAUGAACCACAGCAUGGACGCAGGCUCUCCAAACCUCUCCCCGAAUCCGAUGUCCCCAGCACACAAUAACUUGGACCUACAGCCAGUCACCUACUGUGAGCCGGCCUUUUGGUGCUCCAUCUCCUACUACGAGCUGAACCAGCGAGUUGGGGAGACAUUCCACGCUUCACAGCCGUCCAUGACAGUAGAUGGCUUCACUGAUCCCUCCAAUUCAGAGCGCUUCUGUCUGGGCCUGCUGUCCAAUGUUAACCGGAAUGCAGCCGUGGAGCUUACAAGGCGGCACAUUGGGAGGGGUGUGCGGCUCUACUACAUUGGAGGGGAGGUCUUUGCAGAGUGCCUCAGUGACAGUGCUAUUUUCGUCCAGUCUCCCAACUGCAACCAGCGCUAUGGCUGGCACCCUGCCACUGUCUGCAAGAUACCCCCAGGCUGCAACCUGAAGAUCUUCAACAACCAGGAAUUUGCUGCCCUCCUAGCUCAGUCUGUCAACCAGGGCUUUGAGGCUGUCUACCAGUUGACUCGCAUGUGCACCAUCCGCAUGAGCUUCGUCAAAGGCUGGGGAGCUGAGUACAGGAGACAGACAGUGACCAGCACCCCCUGCUGGAUCGAGCUACACCUGAAUGGGCCCUUGCAGUGGCUUGACAAGGUCCUCACCCAGAUGGGUUCCCCCAGCAUCCGCUGUUCCAGCGUGUCUUAGAGACACUGGGAGUAAAGGGAUCGGGUUGGGGAGGGCGGGCUUGGGGAAAAUGACCUUGGAAGAUAACUCCAUCCAACUUGGUCUUGUCAAAGAACACAGAUUCCUCUCAACUAAGGCACUAACCUGUUUCUGAAACCACAGAAGAUCCCAGCGAUGGACUUUAUGAACAGCUGUGUCUGCUGCAUAUAUGUGCCCCAGGCUGAAGGCCAUGUGUGAUGGCUUCUGAUCUGGUGGCUUGAGCUAACAGGUGGUGUGUCGCCACCUGACUCCUUGUUUAGUGACAGAGAUAUGGGAUGUCACAGUCCAAAAAGAAAGUGCCUUUCUCCAGGGCUGGAGUGUGGAGUUCACCUUUGGAGAAGAACUUUUAAUGGAGCAUGCCCUGUCUCACCACUCUCACAGAGAGGGUCUGUGUACCUGGGGAACUGGAUGGCCUACGCAGGUACUUUCCCCCACCCCCAGAAUGCAGAUGGGAACAUGCUGGAGAGUAAAGCUGGUGAGAACCGUUUCUUCCUUGGAAGGACCUGCUGAAGCUCAGCCAUGUAUGUGAUGUGUAGUUCCUAGUAUCACAUCGAUCUCAAGAGAUACGGAUGUUCAAGUGUUCGCAGCAAGGGCAGUCGUGGAGUACAUGUCCUGGGUGAGGUGGUACCACAUUGAAUGAAUACAUCUCUGGAAGCUGGCACCACUUUCUGAGGUGUAGGCCGUGUUGGUUUAUGGAGACAGCUGCAUUAAUGAAUUCACCUAGCACAGGCUCUUUGGAUGUCUUCUGUUUGAUGAAAACAGUCCUGGGUACAUAUGUUGGCUGGAAAACCAAAGAGGACCCAGUCUCUGCUUCUUGCCCUGAGGUUUGGAAACUGAGAGUUAUAGAAGACAUCCCAGGCUGACAUGGGCAAAUGAAAGGGCUAUUAAAGUUUUUUUACACCUUGGAAAAUUGUAGACUUGGUGCAGAGACCUGUCAUCUUCACCCUGGGAUGUAAGAUUACCUGGCUCCGGUAAAGGAUUGCCACCAAAAACUGCUGCGGUGAUCCUGUGUGAUGAGUACUGUUCGCAGUGGCAAUCACAGAGAAAAGGAGUAUAAGUUAUUUCAACUGGAAAAAGAGUCCCUUUCCUGGCUGUUCCAGAACAGCACAUAGGAUCCCACCUGCAACUGGUACUCUCUUCUUGGCUGCUGUUUCUGUUGUGAAAUGAGGAGCCCAUGUUUUCGCACGGAUUUCCCGUGGAAGUCCUGUCCUGUUCCAGAGGGGACGAAAGUGCGCCCUCCAAUGUGAUAAAUCUUCUGAUGACCCAGAGGCUCUGGGGCAUAUCCUGGUGCCUCUCCUGCAGGAGCUGUGCCCUCAGAAGCUCUGGGCAGGAUGUUUCCAGCUAGGCAUGCUGAUCCUCCUUCAGACACAGAUGCCUGUCUGAGUCUCUCCCAGGCUGUUGAUACAGAACUCAAAGACAAUUCUGAACCCCUCAGGUUCUCUGAAGGGGCACAGACCCUGGGUGUGAACAUUGUGCCGGACUUGACAUGGUCUGUGGACUGCUGCUUCAGACACAGGAAGUCCUCGGAACUGUCUACCUGUUCUGCAUGCUCUGAGUCAGAACACAGAGACACUUUGGUGUGGCUUCUAGUAUUCAUGGUCCUCUCUUCUCAGCCAUGGCAGAGGUUCGUGUCACUUGCUGCCUGGUUUCCUAGGGGUUUCCUGUGCCCGUCCCCCCAGCCAUCUUCCAGGUGACUAUGGCACAGUCCAUUCUGCUGCAACUGGAAAGUACAGAGAACCUGCACUGCUCGGACGGCUGCCUCUGGAGGCACGCAGUAGGGAGCAUGCCCCGUCACUGUCCAGUUGCUGAAGAAAGCUUACAGGAAGUUCUAGGCAGGUCUACUUUCGGCAUCCCUGAAAGUAAAAGGCUUGGAGUCUAGGAAGGGCCAUGCCACUGUGGAGAACAUAGUUCCUUUGGGUACAUGUAAUCAAAGUGUCCUCCCAAAUUAGUUUUCCUUCUUUUAUGAACAGCAUUUCUACUUUUAAAGAACAAUUGAGAAUUGAAAGGAAAACAGUGCAGUAGCUGGUGUGGCCUUUAAAGUGUUGUUCUGCCAGGUGGCCUGACUGCAUGUGCUGACACUGACCCACAUGGCUAGUGCUGGGCAGAGGUCUUUGCCUUCAGCACCCCAGAGAAGCUAACUCUGCACCCCUCUCCUCUACUGCCCCCCUCCUUCCUCAGUGCUUGUUCAGGUAGCCCCAGCCAUGUGGCUUAUAGUCAUGGCAGUUGGCUACCUUCCAGACAGCUGUAGAAAGACCAGGCAUUUUGAGGAAAGCCUAGCGUGGAGAGCAGGGACUCUCUUAGGAAGAACACAAGGCUGCUGGCAGACUUCUCCACUGACCCGAGAGUGUGUUGUAUAUUUUUUUACUCAGUAACGUAUUGCAUCAAGCCUUGGUGCUUAUGGGGUGCUGUGGUCUUGAUCUUCCCCAGUUUGCUUCUCAGAGCUGGGAUGUAUUCCAGAACCUGAUGUUUUUAUUCAAACCACAGAAAGGUUGUUUUUAAGUAGUAUGUGCAGUCACGCAUGUGCCUGAGUUGUCUGGGGCAGAGGCAAGUAUCUGACUUCAUUCUUAGCCCCAGGCUGCCAUCUCUGAGUUUCAGUCCUUGAGAGGCUGGGAAGGCACAGAGCCCUGGCUCUGCACUGUUCUUACUGAGUGACUAUGUGUGAGCCCUUUACAUUAGAGGGAACCUGGUUUGAGCUCACUUGUUCUUUGUGUGGCGUUAGUGUUCCAUUACUGUCCCCUCUAAGUAAUGGUCUUCACAGUGCACAGCAAGUUCCCAGUGUGUAGAAAGCCAUACACCAGGAUGUGGGUCAACCAUGAAGAUGUGGCAUUGCAGACAGGGGAACAUGUGGAUGCAUGGCUAUCACCUUAAGCAGCCCCUGCAGUUGCUUGUGUUAACACAAAAGUGUUUAGCAUUCUGCCGCUUUUAUAUUUAUGUAAUAACUCUUUAAAGCCAUUCAGAUGGAUAACUAUUUAAUUUCUUAAAGACAGUUGUAAAGGUCUCUCUCUGAGGACAAUGACUUGGUAAAACUGGGGCACAGCCAGUCCCAGACACUGGUCGAGGCUACAGUGGCUUUUUUGGCUCAGGAUCAACACGCAUCAGAGUAGACUGGGCCAACAUGUGGUGGCGUGUGCAAACAGGCUGCCCUAGACCAGCCCAGGCCCUUCGACAGCACGUCCUCUGCACCAAGGCCCCUCCCUUCUGGAAGUGGAAACUUCACAAGGAAAUUGGAGCCAUCUUUUAUCCCAGAAGCCUUUGCUGCUGCCAGGGCAAGUGGGCUGGUGUGGACUCUAGUUUGGGGAUGUUUGGAGGCUGAGGUUAUGUCACUCCUUAGCUAGCCAGGCCUUUAGUAUCUUUGUAAAAAGCAUGUAUUUAUAGUGUUUUAGAUUUUUCUAACUUUUGUAUUUUACAGCAUUGUACCCCAUUGUUAAAGAGCCGUGUCCCCUCUUCUUAUAAGCGCCCUUCUAAUAAAGUUUUCACCGUAAAGCUCCUGA